AUGAAUCCUUAUGUCGGGUCAGAUAUAUUGAUGCAUAUCAUCUUUCUUGCAUGCUGGAGAGCAACGGGUUUGUUCUAUUGUUAUCUCAUAGACGCCGACUACGACAUGCAUCCAUGCCCGUUCACUUGUCAUCGUGCAGCUAUGACAUGGGGCGUCUCGCUCAGAACUGACUUCAAUAUGACUUCACCUCCCGAAGCGCCGGUUCUCGCUGAGAUUCCUGAGAUCUAUACACCAUCUGCACUCUCCAUUACAAGAGCCACGCCCCGUCCUGAAACUUCCAGGCGCCAAAGAUGCAAGUUCCAAAGAAGUGGCAGCGCUAUCUCGACCGAUCCGAACUACUGGAUUGGCGCUCCAGGGCCCGUUUAG